UCUUCUCUUUCUUUUCAUCUUCCAUCAUCUCUUGUUUUUACAAGUUCGUCUUUUGUAUUAUUAUUGACAAGUGAACUGAAUCAAUUUGAUAAACGGUUCCCAAAGAUCAUCAUCUUCAUCAUCAUUGACCAGCAUCUAAAUAAGAAAAGUCCAACCAACAGAAGAAUAGGAAAACUGAUCAGGGUAUCAGACAAAAAUGGUAAAAUCAUCCAAUUUAUUGAUUGCAAUUCGUUUAUCAUCAAGUUGAAAUUAAAUUUUCUCUUUUUCGAUUUUCAUUUUCAUCAUUUUCGAAUUAACCCUUUUGAACUUGGCGCUUUUCGAUGUGGGCGUUGACUUAUUUUCACUUUUGUUCUUUUCUUUUUAAAAUUUUGGCGUAAUUAUUGAAUUCUUUUUGUUUCUUCAUCUGAGUUUUUGUUAAUUACGAUUGUUACGUUUGAUUAAUUAGAAGUUUAUUUUUGUUUGUUUUGUUUCCUUGUUAAUCUAAUUAUGGAUGGUAAGCCUUCCAAAUGGUCAAUUUUUGUGGAUCCCCAAUCAACCGGUGGAUCAAAUCGUACAUUGAAAUCUUUCUUUCCCGCUACAAAGUAUCAAUCCUCAAAUGGACCUUAUGGUAAAUCGGUUGAUUCUUCUAGGAAAGAAAUUCAAUUUAAUGAUAAAGAUUCUCGGAGUCCAUUUUUUGAUUUGGCUAAAUAUCGAUCAGAGAAAGAGAAUAGAGAAGAAAAAGACAAUGAUAAAUUGUUAGAUGAUAUUUUACUUUCUCUUAAAACUAAACGACGUUCUCUCAAUUUUGACAAUCAUCAUGAGACUCCGAAAAAACCUCGAUUCAUGCCAAUCAAUCCACUUGUGGAAUCGAGACCAUCUACAAGUCGAAAUUUAUCUUCAUCAUUUACUCCUGUUGAACCAGAAUUUAAGCCUAAAUUUAAGCCUGAAUUUCAAGAAGAAUCGGAGAUAUUUAACAUGGCUGUUGAGGGUUUAAGCUUUAGUCAAGCAUUAGAAGAAGAAGAGGAGGAGGAAGAAAAAGAAGUAAAGAAGGAAGAUGAAACCAGAAAACCCAUUAAUCUGUUAACAUGUUUCCGUGACGAAGUAAAACCCGAAAAAUCUAAACCUCCAACUCAAAAGAUAACUGACAAUCCAUUAGAUGAUUUGAAUAAUUUAUUUGAUCUUGAUGAUAACGAUGAAUUUGAUGAAUUUGAUACCGAGGAAGAACUGAGAAAAGAAAAGGCUGGUAAAUUUGAAAAGUUUGAAAUGGUUGAACCAGUGAAACCAAUUAUAGACAAUUACCAACCUGAUGAGGUGAAUAAUAUUGACAUGUAUUCACUAAUCAAUGUGAGUCCAAUAAAAAGGAUAACCGUUGAAAUUGCCAGCCGUCAACUUCCAAAGGAUUUAAUUCCUGUUGAAAGGAUACCUGAAGCCUAUCGAUCUGUUUUCUCUGCUUAUAAGCAGUUCAACAUUGCACAAAGUAAAAUCUUCAAUGAUGCUUUUAACACUAGUAAAACUAUGGUCAUUUCAGCCCCAACAGGCUCCGGUAAAACAGCUAUAUUUGAACUUGCCAUCGUUCGAAUGCUUUAUUUAGCUGAACUUGCCCAACUUGCUUCAUCAUUUAAAGUUGUUUACAUUGCUCCGCUUAAAACUCUUUGCCAUGAGCGUUACCUUGAUUGGCACAAAAAGUUCAAUGAUCUAGGGUUGGGCUGUGUCGAGAUGACUAGUGACUCUGAAGAUGCUCACUAUCGUUUAUUAACCCACUGUUCCCUUAUCUUUGCAACACCCGAGAAAUGGGAUAACCUGGUUCGAUUUGCUGGAUUUGAUAGAAUAGUAAAAUCUAUAAAGCUAAUUCUAAUUGACGAAGUUCACCUUUUAAAUGAUAAAAAUCGUGGACCCAAAUUGGAAGCUAUCAUCACACGAUUUAAAGCUCUUCAAAGGCGUGAGAUUGGUAAUGAGCUUGACUUUCGUUUCAUAGCUGUUUCAGCGACCGCUCCAAACACAGAUGAUAUGGCUCAAUGGUUAGGAGAUGAUAUCAAUGGAGCUGUUUGUUACAAUUUGGAUGAUAGAUUUCGUUCUGUUAAAUUGACCAAAAAAGUAUUUGGUUACAAUUGUCCAGACUCGGUGAAUGACUUUUUCUUCAUACAAAAGCUUAAUUACAAGUUACCAUCUAUAAUUAAAGAGUUUUCCAAAGGUCGACCAACACUGAUAUUUGUUUGUACUCGGAGAGAUUGUCAAACAACUGCUGAAUUCCUUGCCAAAGAGUCAGCAUACUGUUGCCGACCCGAGCAAAAAAAUACCAUGUACAUCCUUGCUAAGAGUUUGGGUGACAAUAAACUGAAAGCAACCCUCCUCAAAGGAAUUGGCUUUCACCAUGCUGGCCUUACCCCCGAUGAUCGUCAUAAACUGGAGGUUGCUUUUCUUGAUGGUGUUAUUCCUGUUUUAAUUGCUACCAGUACUUUGGCAAUGGGUGUCAACUUUCCUGCCCAUCUAGUUAUCAUCAAAGGAACCAGUCAUUAUGUCAGUGGUAGUUUUGUUGAGUAUGGUGAAUCUGAAAUUUUACAAAUGAUGGGUAGAGCCGGGAGACCACAAUUUGAUGAUCAUGGUUAUGCAAUUAUUUUAACCAAAGAUAAAAAUGAGAGUAAAUACAAAAAACUAGUCUCCGGUGAAAAAGUUAUCGAAAGUAAUAUUCAUCAAUCUUUAGCUGAAAUUUUUAUGGCUGAAAUUGAGAGACACACAAUUACAACCAUUAGUCAAGCAGUUGAAUGGGUUCAAUCAACUUUCUUUCAUAUUCGAGUGCAUAAAAAUAAGCAAAAUUAUGCACUAGAUCCAAAUUGGACGGAAGAACGGGUCGAGCAAAAAGUUCGAGAUAUUUGUGUUAAAGAAUUGAAUGGAUUGAAAAAGUAUAAACUCAUUGAAAUCGAUGGUGAAACAGGAGCUGUUAAAGCGACCGAAAUUGGUAGGAUGAUGGCUAUUAAAUCAAUAUCCUAUCAAACGAUGUGCACCUUUAUGGAGCUUAAAGGAAGUGAAAGUUUACGUGAUUUGUUAAUUGUUUUAACAAAAUGUCGAGAUAUAAAUCAAGAUGUAAACCUGAGAAAUUCGGAGAAAAAACAUUUAAAUCAAUUUAACACUCGAUCAAAGACAGAGACUAAUCGUGUGAUCCGUUUCCCUUUCUCUGGAAAGAUCAAGACCAAGGAGAUGAAAAUCAAUGUUCUCAUUCAAGCUACUCUAGGGUGUAUUCCAUUUUCAAAAGAGAGUUCAAGUCUCUUACAAGAAACUGGAAACAUAAUGAGAGUCAGUCAAAGGCUUAGUCGGUGUUUGGUUGAUGUUGCCAUGAUUAAAGCUACUAACCUGAAAUUUUUACUCAACUGCAUUAUCUUAGCUAAAUGCCUUCGAGCAGGAAUCUGGGAAAAUUCAAAAUUUGUUGCUAAACAACUUCCCAAGAUUGGACUUGAACUUUCAAGUAGAUUGGUUGAUGCUGAUUUAACAAGUUUCCAACGGAUCGAAGCAGCCGACCCUCGAACAAUUGAAAUGUUUUGCCGUCGACAUAUAACCUUUGGUGAAUUUGUUAUCAAAGAAAGUCAAAGGAUUCCAAAGUAUACAGUUACCAUUGAGAGAGCAAGAAAAACAUCGGCCAUUGGUUUCCCUCAGGCCAUAACCAUUAAAAUUCAUAUGACCAACUGGGAAAUAGUGAAAAAUGAUUCUCGAAGAAUUGAAAAUCAUGCUUGCGUCUUAUUGAUCGGCGAUCAGGAUCACAGAAUCUUGGAGAAACAACGAAUAUUUGACAGACGAUUGAUCAAAGAGAACGGUUUAUACGAAAGGUUCUUGAAUGUUCCUCCGGUAGCUUCGUCUAUUUUCAUCCACUAUAUUGACGAUUAUUACGUUGGCACUGACAUUUCAUUGGAAUAUCUUCCAAAAUAUCUAUUGACUAAUGAACAAGAAACAGUUCGUCGUAUCCAAGCAAUAAAUCAAUGUGAUAAUAUUUUCAAACCAUCACCUUCAAGGGGUAAAAAACCUCAAAAAGACACACCCGGCACAGUCCGAUUUACUGAUGAAUUAGACGAAAUUCAGUUAUCUGAAGAUGAAGAAAUUCAAAUCUUCAAACCAAAACCAAAACAAAAACCAAAACCUAAACCAAAACCAAAGCCCAAAGAACCUCAUAGCGAUGUCAUGAAAGGGAUUGAUGGUUUAUACGAAAACCAAGCGAUGAUUCCUGAACUAGAAGAUGAUUAUUCUUAUCUCAUGGAUGACGACGAUAUGGAUUUACCCACCGACUUUAAUAUCUAGUCCAAAUUUCAAAAUCAAUUAUAAAAGAGGAUCAAAUUACAUA